CGCCCCUUCUUUUACACAAAGAGCAGGAUGCAAAACAAAGCCCGGAAGCUUCAUAUUCUGUCUGCAGCCAAAAAUCCCUUUUCUCCCGUCUGAACCAGGAAGAUGAUCUCAUUUUCUUUGAGUAAACAGCGCCUUUGUGUGAGCAGCUAAUUCUGAGAGGUUUUGAAAACGUAAAAUCCACUUUUACUGAGGAAAAAGUGUCAUGGACGGGAGUUUAAGCAGAGCAGACUAUCGGGUUGGUGCCGCUGUGUCCGCCGCAGAGGGGCUGCCGCCGCUGCCAAAGAGCCUGAGCGGGAUCCUGAACUCCAGCGGCGGGUCGUGGAGGGACAUGCAGACGAUGCACAGCAAGAGGAGCCGCAUCCAAGCCGAGAUCAGCUGCAGAGAGGCGGCUGCUGCCAAGCCUGGUGGACUGGACGCUGCGCUGGCGCUGCUGCGCAAAGAGAUGGUGGGUCUACGUCAGCUCGACAUGUCUCUGCUCUGCCAGCUGUGGUCUCUCCAGGAGGCCAUCCAGGAAUGUAAGGGCGAAGCCUCCAUCACCGCUGAUAACGGAUACUCUGAGGAUGAAGAGGAGGAGGAUGAGGAUGAACUAGAGGAGAAGAAUGAGGAUAAAGCACAAAAUCCUUCUCAGCAUUCUCCCAGAAACUCCUUUCAUUUUCACUAGUAAAUAUAAACACAUGGACCAACGGUGAAAAGAGACCGUUUGGCUCUUUGAGACCCUUUUUUAUUGACGUUUUAAUUUAUCACAUGCCUGUUUAUCAGGCACAUUUUGCUCAGUAACGAAGCAUACGAUGCUUGUUUUGUAGAAAAGCAGUUAACUAAACAAUGUUUUAUAUGAGAUCACUGUUAUGUUCAUGUUAACUUUAAGCACAUCAAUGUGGCUUUUAUUUUUUCUUAAAGGUUAGUUUUGUUUGCCCAUCACACCACAUCAUUCAUAUCCUACUUAUAACCUGAUGGGCUUGAGAAAGAAUUUAAGUACGGUACACAUUUAUUAACUUUUAUGCCCAAUUUAAUAAAUUAUUACUUUUUAA